AUGGACCAGUUUUUCAUUCGUUGUCUAUCUCUUGAUAUUCAUAUCUAUCUAGCUAUCUAUCCAUCUAUUUCAUUCUGUUCAUUAUCUAUCUAUCUCUCUCAUUCUCUUCAUUAUCUAUCUAUCUAUCUAUCUAUCUAUCUAUCUAUCUAUCUAUCUAUCUAUCUCAUUCUCUUCAUUAUCUAUAUAUCCAUCUAUUUCAUUCUGCACAUUAUCUCUCUCUCUCUCUCUCUCUCUCUCAUUCUAUUCAUUAUCUAUCUCUCCAUCUAUCUCAUUCUGUCCAUUAUCUAUCUAUCUAUCUAUCUAUCUAUCUAUCUAUCUAUCUAUCUAUCUGUCUGUCUACAUUUCUUAUUUCUCUGUUUCUCUGUUCUUUCUUGUGCUGCUAUCUAUCUAUCUAUCUAUCUAUCUAUCUAUCUAUCUAUCUAUCUAUCUCUAUAUAUAUAUAGUAAAACCAUCGCUUUAUCUGCUUUGACAGCUGACCACUCAUACACCAUUAUUUUUCUCUAUCACCAAUGUGAGAGGCGUAGAAUUUCUGUUGUAAUGAUGGCUAGAAAUAGUCAUACAUUUCCCUCACUGCUGCCAAUUCUACUUCCAUAUUUCUUCAGCGAAAUAAGUAACGCUUUCUUUAUCAUAUUACGUCUCUUCUCGCCAUUUUAUCUCUGCCUUAUAAGCGAAUAUAUUCUUUGA